UGCAGAGGUUGAAGCUGCUGCGCAGCGGCAGGUUGAUACGCCCGUUUCACCGCAUUCGCGUCCUACUCAUCCCUGGCCUAUAGGCUACAGUGUCUCUCUUUCCUUCCAGUGCACUUUCCCUUUCAGUCCUGUCUAUCGACGGAGGAAGUACACCUGCUCGCCACGAGUAGAUUAAUUGUAUAUAGCACCACCGGGCUGUGCGCAUAACGUGAUGUUGUGGUAGAAGGACUGUUAUUCAUGUUUGCAGCAAGGGUAAGAACGGUAUCGGGGAUGUAGAGGUUGAGACACCGCUCUCCGUAUCGGAUCGAACCGCCACUGCCCUGCCCAGUCUGCUGCAUCGCUAAGCGGCCUAAACAGCACACGAUGUCGACAAGGACGCCGUUACCGACAGUGAAUGAACGUGACACAGAGAAUCACUCGUCGGUGGAUGGAUUCACAGACCCACCUGCUCCUCCAGCCAAGUCGGCUAGCCGCCACAGCCUUGCGCGCUGCCGUAGCUCCCUCACUUCCACCGAGGAGCAGCCCCACAUUGGCAACUACCGCCUUCUCAAGACCAUCGGCAAGGGUAACUUUGCCAAGGUCAAGCUUGCUCGACAUAUCCUGACCGGACGAGAGGUGGCUGUGAAGAUCAUUGACAAAACCCAGUUAAACCCCACAAGUCUACAGAAGCUUUUCAGGGAAGUCCGGAUAAUGAAGAUACUAAAUCAUCCAAAUAUUGUUAAGUUAUUUGAAGUAAUUGAGACAGAGAGGACGCUGUAUUUGAUAAUGGAGUAUGCAAGUGGAGGCGAGGUAUUUGAUUACCUAGUGGCUCAUGGGAGAAUGAAAGAGAAAGAGGCCAGGGCCAAGUUCAGGCAGAUAGUGUCUGCUGUGCAGUACUGUCACCAGAGGAGGAUAGUGCACAGGGAUUUGAAGGCAGAGAACCUGCUCCUGGACGCAGACAUGAACAUCAAGAUCGCAGACUUCGGCUUCAGUAACGAGUUCACGCUGGGCAGCAAGCUGGACACGUUCUGCGGCUCCCCUCCCUACGCCGCCCCGGAGCUCUUCCAGGGGAAGAAGUACGACGGGCCCGAGGUGGACGUCUGGAGCCUAGGGGUCAUCCUCUACACCCUUGUCAGCGGGUCACUGCCCUUUGACGGACAGAACCUCAAGGAGCUGAGGGAGAGAGUUCUCCGAGGAAAGUACCGGAUCCCGUUCUACAUGUCUACCGACUGUGAGAACCUGCUGAAGAAGCUGCUCGUGCUCAACCCUGGCAAACGAGGAAGUUUGGAUCAAAUCAUGAAAGACCACUGGAUGAAUGUGGGCCACGAAGAGGAGGAACUGAAACCCUACCAUGAGCCUGAGACCGACUUCAAUGACUCGGCCCGGAUAGAGCUGAUGGUGACAAUGGGUUUCCCAAAGGACGAAAUCACUGAGUCUCUUCUGGGCCAGAAGUAUGAUGAGGUCAUGGCCACCUACCUCCUGCUGGGGAGGAAAACUCCAGAGUUCGAGGGCAGCGAGUCCCAGUCCAACAGCAACUUGGGCCAGCGACAACGACCCACCAGCGAACUCAACACCAGCUCCAGCCAAUCACCUACCCACCUCAAGGUCACACGCAGCAUCUCAGCCAAUCAGAAGCAGCGGCGCUACAGUGAUCAUGGUGGGGAUGAUGAUGAUGUCAUAGAGAAGCCAAUGGGUCCGUCUGUGCCCCCUGCGGUGUCGUACUCUAAGCGCGGUCAGGCCCUGAGUGUGGAGAGUGACCACCGGGAGGAAUGGGACGGCGCUCGCCGGCUGGAGCUGGCGUCCUCUAAGGGGGAUGUCGCAGCCUCGCCAUCGGGGGUGCAGGAGAGGAAGAAAGUGACCAGCGCUGUGGGGACUAACGGAGGAAUGACUCGUAGGAACACAUAUGUGUGUGAACGGACCUCAACAGACCGCCACUCUGCUAUCCCCAACGGAAAAGACAGCAGUCUAACCGAGGUGUCUGGUAGCUCCCUGUCUGCCUGCGGGUCUGCACUGAGCUCCACGCGGCCUCGUCACACCAAAUCCAUGUCGUCGUCAGGACACCCGUCCAAGAGCACGCUGCCCCCUAUUGACGACAACAGUGAACUCAAAGCAGGUUCCUCUUCGCGGGGGCCGCCCACCUCCCCGUCCGUCCAUAGCAUCAGCACCCCCGAGAAGAACCGCUUCCCGCGGGGAACCACGAGCCGCAGCACCUUCCACGGUGCCCAGCUCCGAGACCGCCGCAGCGCCACCUACAACGGCCCCCCUGCCUCCCCCACCCUCUCCCACGACACGGGGGCUCUGGCCCAUCAGCGCAGGGGCACCUCCACGGGCAUCAUCAGCAAGAUCACCUCCAAGUUUGUCCGCAGGCUUCCUAGUGAGGGAGAGACCAGCACCAGGACAGAAACACCCAGGAGUGCGUCUGGGGAGACCAAGGAUGACGGCUCCUCCAAGCCUCGCUCGCUGCGUUUCACCUGGAGCAUGAAGACCACUUCCUCCAUGGAGCCCGCCGAGAUGAUGAAGGAGAUCCGGAAAGUUCUCGACGCCAACAGCUGCGACUACGAGCAGCGGGAACGCUUCCUGCUCUUCUGCGUCCAUGGUGACGCUCGCCAGGAUAACCUUGUCCAAUGGGAGAUGGAGGUGUGCAAGCUGCCUCGACUAUCCCUAAACGGAGUGCGCUUCAAAAGAAUAUCGGGCACGUCCAUCGCCUUCAAGAAUAUCGCCUGCAAAAUCGCCAACGAGCUCAAACUGUGACGGAGGGAUACAACAGUGGUCAGAGUUUCAGUCAUGACUAAGACCUCACGCAGCACUUGGAGGAAGUCGCCUUUCAGAAUCAGGGUGGAAUUUAGGCUAGUGCUGGGCAAUGCUGGCCUUGAAUGUACAGGGCAGUGGGACAUAGAGAUACUGCUAUUUUCACCUUCAACAGAGGGGAGCAAUGGGCCUUCUUGUCCAUCCCAAUAUCUGUCUGUGACUUUUCCUCUCUCUGUCUUUCUCUCUUCCUCUCUCUGUCUUUCUCUUUUCUUCUCUCUGUCUCUCUCUUUCUUUCUCUCUCUCUCUUUCUCUCUCUGUAUCUCUCUCUCUCUCUCUCUGCCAGAUGAACCACUGCCCUCUUAGUUGAAUUCAUUCAUGUAAAACAUGCAGUAUGCAACUUGAAGAUGACCCUCCCUGCAAUAAUCUUUUGCAUCUUUUGUAAGAGCAUUAUAGAAAUCUACUCUAUUUCGCUGAACGUACAUGUAACUGAAGCAAGCUAAAUAGGCGCUUUUCCACCUGUAUAAGCAAACAUCAGCUACAGUACCUAACUGAAGCUGUGUAAUAUACUGUACUGAAUGCAAAACAUCUGCAGGUACUGUAAUGUAUAAUGGUUUUGAAUUCUGUACAGAGCUUUGUCUGAAAUUGUGUCAUUUUGGGGAGAUUCUUUCCUAAUAUCGUUGAUAUCUGUUAGAAUAUGUUUUCCUUUUGCUCUGUGAGUUUUUUAUUAUUAAUUUUUUUAAGACCUUAUAGUGUUUUUAAUUUACAGUAAACAAACAUUAAAUUAUUUGUGGGAAGCUGAGGGACAUACAGUAUUACACUCACCUUCUCCCCCUAGCCACGAUAAGUUGUACCACAUAGACUAGUGUAGAACAUUCAGUUGAAUCAGAUUUUGUGUUCACUUUGGUUCUAAUGAGUGGUAGGUAGGUAGGUAGGGCAUCAGAACAGCCUGCUGCUAUUGCACAACCUUUCCAGGGUGACACUGUAUGAACGUGAGUGUGUUCAAAUUUAUUUUAUGAUUGUUUGUAAUCACAGAGGCAAGGGUUGAAAUGAUCAGGGUUGGCUACAGGUAUACACAGUAGGUUGUAUAUAAGGUUCAACAAAUGUAUGUUAAAAGUUGAUUCUGGAAGCCUCGUGUAAAAGAAAUGGUGUCGAGCCUCUGUGUGGAUGUGACUUCACAGGCACGUGUAGAUCUCUUUGCUUGUGCUGGCUAAUUGUAAGCAAAUAUUAUUGCAUUUAUUCCAUUACAUUCUGCUUGUAAUGUGCUGCUUUGUAAAAUUGAGGCGUGCACUUUGUUGGAGCAAAUAAAAAAAAGAUUUUAUUUGUUUGUA